GCUUUCCGAAUCCCACGCCCUGGUUACGAACUGCAUGCUUGCUUUUCCUGCUUGUUGAACUCCCCUCCGUCUCCUUGCACUCCCUCACGCUUGCUAUAAGUGCACCUGCUUCGGAUCCGAUGUCAUUCAUUUCUUAAUUCGCCUCCAAUGCCGACCCCGAGUGACAUUACAUCCAGUGUGAAUGCUUCGUCAGGCCUAGAGGAACUCUCCGCUCGUUCCACUUGCCCACCCGAGGUCGAGAGGCUGCCUUCCUGGAGAGAGUCUCGAGCACCCUCCACUCUUUCCGAUCGGGAUGAUUCCGAAAGCUCUUUGUCUCAGCUCAUCUCUGCGGCCCACACGGCGCAGAAUGCCCUGAUAGAUGCGACCGCAGGCUCAACCGCCGAGUCUUCGUCCGGUGGUAGCCCGAUGAAAGAUGUGGCAAAACCCGAAGAUGAGCCUGCCGCGGGGAGGUUGAGUCCGGCUGCAGAGCCAUCAUGCUCGACCAGCCAACCUCCGUCGGUCACUUCAUCAUCGAACACCUCGCUGUUAAGCUACGAGUUCUCUAAUAUUCGGCUCCUCCCUAACUACACUUCCUCUUUCUUGCGCCCGGGAAGUAAAUUUACUGGCACGCAGCAAUCCGAUCGGCAAGUCUACAAUGUCGAUGUCGAGAUAAAGCAUGUUGACAUGCAAGAAUCUUAUCUAUGUGGAUAUCUUCGCAUACAAGGUCUGACGGAAGAUCAUCCCACUCUCACGACGUUCUUUGAGGGCGAAAUUAUCGGCACGAAACAUACCUUCAAGACUAAGAACGAAGCAUGGGGCGCUACAGAGAAGACCGAUAUGCAGCAUUGGAACAGGUUUCCUGCGUGGCGUCCGCUAUCCAAGCAAGCAAGGAAACCCGAUUUCACGUAUCGCAAUUACGCCCAACGUGAACACAUUUUCAUGCGCUGGAAAGAAUACUUCUUGGUGCCCGACCAUCGCGUUAGAUCCAUAUCUGGUGCAAGCUUUGAGGGGUUUUACUACAUUUGCUUCAAUCAAGUAGAGGGAACUGUUGCUGGCAUAUACUUCCAUGCGAAGAGCGAGAAAUAUCAACAAUUGGAGCUCAAGCAUGUGGAAGACCAUGGCUGUACUCCAGCCAUGGAAUUCCGUUAAAUUCCCCUUUCCUGCAACUUUGGCCCGGGGCCAUGAAUGAUUCCUGAAUCAGGCUAUCAACCCUUUCCCUGGCAUU